ACAGAAAGUAAUAGAGAUAUAUAUUAAAAAUAGAGACAUAUCUUUUUGAAAAAUGUACAGAUAUGCCAAGUGAUAUUUACAUAUGUGCGGAGCAAAGGUUAAAUUCUCGUAUCAUUACGGCACCAUUUUGCGCCGAUAGUAUACUCACAGUGAUCGCACAGUAGUACAGUUCUUUUUUUUUUAGUAAAAAGUAUUACUUGUUAUUUAUUAAUUAUGGCAAUGAUAAUGAGAUUAACUAAGAUGAAUAUCAUGAACAGGCGUUUAUAUAGUUCCAAAGUCAAAUUGAACGAUGUCGUAAUUGUCAGUGCUGUGCGAACUCCAAUGGGUUCAUUUCUUGGUUCCUUAUCAAGCAUAUCAGCUACCAAACUUGGCGCCGUAGCUGUCCAAGCAGCUGUUGAAAGAGCUAGUAUUGCCAAAGAACAGGUUAAAGAAGUAUAUCUGGGCAAUGUUUGUCAAGGUUUCUUAGGUCAAGCACCAGCAAGACAGGCUGCAUUAUUUUCAGGUCUUCCAAAAUCAACAAUAUGUACUACAGUAAACAAAGUCUGUGCAAGUGGUAUGAAAAGUGUUAUGCUGGCUUCUCAAUCCUUGCAAUGUGGCCAUCAAGAAAUUGUUUUAGCUGGUGGCAUGGAAUCUAUGUCUAAUGUACCAUAUUAUUUAGCACGUGGUGAAACAUCAUACGGUGGAGUAAAACUUGAGGAUGGUAUCGUAUUUGAUGGAUUGACUGAUGUUUAUAAUAAAUGUCACAUGGGUAACUGUGCUGAAAUAUAAAAGAGUUAACUUUGAAAAGUUCGGCAAAUUGAGCACAGUUUUUCAGAAAGAAAAUGGUACAGUAACGGCUGGAAAUGCAUCUACUUUAAAUGAUGGUGCCGCUGCAUUAAUUUUAACCACCAGCGAGGUUGCUCAAAAACUGAAUCUUAAGCCCUUGGCUAGAAUUGUUGCUUUUCAAGAUGCUGCAACGGAUCCUAUUGAUUUUCCAAUCGCACCAGCUCUUGCAGUGCCCUCGCUACUUGAAAAUGCUGGAGUUAACAAAAAUGAUGUAGCUCUUUGGGAAAUCAAUGAAGCAUUUAGCGUAGUAGCUGUGGCAAAUCAGAAAUUACUCGAUAUUGAUCCUGCUAAGGUAAAUGUUCAUGGUGGUGCUGUUUCGCUUGGACAUCCUAUAGGCAUGUCGGGAGCACGUAUUAUAGUACAUUUGGUGCAUGCUCUUAAAGCUGGAGAAAAGGGUAUUGCAUCAAUUUGCAAUGGAGGCGGUGGUGCAUCAUCGAUUCUGAUUGAGAAAUUGUAUCAUCCAGUAUCAUCCUUUCCACCAAAAUUAACAUUAUAUACGAAAAAUCCAUGUCCACUUUGUGAAGUUCUAAAAAACCAAUUACAUUUGCAUUUCACUGGACGUUAUCAGUUAGAAGAAAUUGACAUCACUGCUCAAGGAAGCGAACGGUAUUUUAAAUUAUAUCAGUAUGACAUACCAGUUCUUUUUUUAGAAGGUCAGUAUUUAUGCAAACAUCGAUUAGAUGUUGAUUUGUUAGAAAAAAGACUUAAUGACUUAGUUUCAAGAAAAGAUAUAUAUUGAUAAUAAGUUCGUAUUAUUAUCAACUUCAUU